AUGGCAGACAAACCCAGGCUGCUUGGCAGCUGGCACACAUCAGCAGUACAAUUUGGCCCAGAGAAUCCACAGAGAUAUCCGACAACUCCCGUCGCUGGCCAGAAGCGCGGCUAUGCUGCUUUCUCGUCCCAACAAGAUGCCGACCGCAAUGGCACGGGAUUGCAAAGAAGAGCCGUUUUGCCGCGGCCGCACUCCACUAUUCGCUCCGAUUCGGACAGCAACGGCGCGGUUGAGCGGCCGCAGCUGGUUGCGAGUGCCAUCGAGUAUCCAGACGGCUCUGUAACCAAGAAUGAUGGGCCCUCGGAGUACUCGCAGAGACAGAUGUUUGCUGCUACGCCAACUUCUACCGUUGACCCUCUGCUCUCAUUAUCGCACCCCGCCUACGGACUGCCCGAGCAGCUUGUCGCAAACUUUGCUGCGCUAGGCAUCAAGGCAAUAUAUCCGUGGCAGAGGCAAUGCCUCUGCGGUCCGGGCCUCCUAGAAGGGGAGAAGAAUCUAGUCUACAGUGCUCCUACGGGCGGCGGCAAGUCGCUGGUCGCUGAUGUUCUCAUGCUGAGGCGGGUCCUCGAGGACCGCGCGGCCAAAGCCAUCGUGGUCCUGCCGUACGUCGCCCUUGUUCAGGAGAAGGUCCGUUGGCUCCGCAGCAUCGUCAGCGGCAUCCCGCGCGCGGACGCCGCCAACCUAGACAUGCCAGAUGACAGUCAUGGAUUCUGGGCCCCUAGGGCCGACAAGGACACCAUCCGAGUGGUCGGUUUCUUUGGCGGGAGUAAGAUCAGGGCGUCCUGGGCGGACUUUGAUAUCGCAGUCUGCACUAUAGAAAAGGCAAAUUCUCUCGUCAAUACGGCCAUUGAAGACUGUUCCAUCUCCAGCCUGCGAGCCGUUGUCCUGGACGAGUGCCACAUGAUUGACGACGACUACCGGGGCUAUCUUAUAGAGCUCAUGACGACCAAACUCCUUUGUCUUGGUCAGCCACUUCAGAUCAUUGGCAUGAGCGCGACACUCACGAAUAUUGAGCUCCUGAAACGGUGGCUUCAGGGCCAUUCUUACGAGACUCGCUAUCGACCUGUGCCGAUCGAAGAGCAUCUGGUGUGCGACGGGAAGAUAUACGGAUCGGAAACCACGGCCGCUUUACUGAAAGCAUCUGCGGCCCAACCGGACACGGGAAGCCAAUGCGGCCUGCCGGGACUGCAGCCGAUGAGGCUAAUCAAGCCUUCAGACCACAAAGAGCUCGCGGACCCCGUCCGGAAUGCCGUCGUUGCCCUCGCAAACGAGACCGUCAGGGCCGGUUACGGAGUUCUCGUCUUUGCGAGCAGCCGUGCUGGCUGCGAAUCGGACGCUCUUCUGAUAAGCCGCGUCCUGCCGACAUUUGCAGAAGCGGACCCCUUGAUUCAGGAAAAGAGGCUGGAUUUACUCGGAGACUUGCGCAGCCUAAGCACGGGGCUUGAUCCGAAGCUGGAACAAACCAUUCCCUUUGGCGUCGCCUUCCACCACGCUGGCCUCACGACCGAAGAACGAGAACUGAUCGCGAACGCCUACGAUCAAGGGGUGCUCAAAGUAUGCGUGGCAACCUGCUCCCUUGCGGCGGGUAUCAACUUGCCAGCGAGGCGGGUGAUUCUCCACGGCGCCCGCAUGGGUCGUGAUCUAGUCGGUCCUGCUAUGCUUCGGCAAAUGCGCGGACGAGCCGGGAGGAAAGGUAAGGACGAAGUAGGUGAAACAUACUUGUGCUGCCGAAGAAGCGACCUGGACGCCGUGGUAGACCUUAUGCACGCGGAGCUCCCGCAAGUAUCGAGCUGCCUCAUAUCCGACAAGCGCCGCAUCCAAAGGGCCUUGCUAGAGAUCAUCGCGAUCGGACUAGCAACAAGUCGGGAAUCCCUCGACGAUUAUGUCAGUCGGACAUUGCUCGCAUACUCCACAGAGCCGCGCUCGAUCCAAGAGCACGUCGAGGCGAGCAUAGCCGAGCUCCAGGAGAUGCAGUUCGUCACGGUCGACGAGUACGGCAGCUUCGAGGCUACUCGGUUGGGCAAGGCCAUCGUUGCCUCUUCGCUUGACCCCGAAGACGGCAUAUUUAUUCACGACGAGCUGAAGAGAGCAUUGCAGGCAUUCGUCAUGGAUGGGGAUAUGCAUGUCCUCUACCACUUCACCCCUGUCCAUGACCUCGGCGGCGUCAUGGUCAAUUGGAAGGCCUUCUGGAAUGAGAUCCAGCAACUGGAUGAUAGCGGUCUCAGGGUCAUGCACCUUUUGGGACUUAAGCCUGUCGUGGUCGACAACAUGCUCCGCGGAGGCAUUCUGAGAGAGAGCACUGCCGAAGAGAAAGAGAUGGCACGACGCUACCGCCGGUUCUACCUCGCGCUGCAGCUGCGAGAUCUCUGCAACGAGAUGCCCAUCCAUCGGGUCGCCGAAAAGUACGAUAUGCCACGCGGGUCUAUCCAGAACCUGGCGCAGACUUGCCAGGGAUUUGCCGCCGGGAUGAUCAAGUUCUGCGAGAUGAUGGGCUGGGGGGCCAUGGCCGCUGCCCUCGACCACUUCUCGGAGAGGCUGAACGCUGGCGCAAGGGCCGACCUCCUAGCACUUUCGAAAAUCACGUUUGUGAAGAGCAGAACCGCACGGAUAUUCUGGGACAACGGAUUCAAGACGAUCGCCGCGGUUGCGAAUGCGCAUCCGGAGGAGCUCCUCCCGGUCCUGAUGCAAGCGCAGCCCAACAAGGUGAAGCUGGGGGCCAAGGACGAGCAGAAGUUCAAGGACAAGCUGCUGGCCAAAGCGAAGAUUAUCGCCGACUCUGCUAACCGGCUAUGGGAGAUGGAGUUGGAAUAUGAUUACGAGUAG